AUGGGGAAAAAGGACAAGCAAGAGGAAACGGAGGGGAAGCACAAGGUAACAUGGACCAGUCACUUCACUUAUGCAUACACACACACACACACACAUCUGAUGGUUAUUUGAUUUUAUAGGCGAAUCACUCCAGUUCUUAAUACCCUUGUAAACCUCUGCAGGAGCCGAAGAUCACAAGGUGAGCAUGGACAGAUGAGUCUAUUCAGAAACAUUUACAUACAGGGUUUAUGUGAAAGCAACCUUAAUUACAAUCUCCAAUUUACAUGUCUUCAUUCACAAUGAAGGGUGUAGUAUAAUUGUCCAAUGUGUUCUGUUUCAUUAUGUAAGUCAAUGGUCACCUUAUAUAAAUUGCCUCAAUUAGGCAAUGCUUCCAGCUUAGCAAUCAUCUGAUUUUAUCUUGUUUUAACAAUGCAUUUGUGGGUUUAUUUGUGAGUGUGAGACUUCUUCCGUCUUUCCUUUAUCAGUUCGGGGGAAUUUAAAAGCUGCCUUGGGGAGCGGCCAUGUAGAUGUGGAGACCAACAGUGUAGGCAUGAUAUACACAGGCCCAAUUAUUGCAUAUCCCUGUAUUAGCAGAAAAUUGUAGAUAAUGUUUAUUCAUGAGGUUUCUCUGUCUUUCUCUCACAGGAUGCAUCACCACCUUCUGGAAAGAAGUAUGUUUUUCUUCUAAUGCUGAAAUGAUUCACACCAAAAGUAAAGUUUAACUUCAAUGUAAACAGAGAGUAAGAUACAGUAUGUUGGUGAUGAUGAGGUUUUCUUUAUUGGCAGUGACAUUGACUUAAACAACAAUAUAUCUGCCAAGGACAAGGAAUCAGAUGGGAGAAAAGGGAUACAGGAAAUGUUUUAGCUUGAAUAUUUUGUGAUUGUUGAUGUUUUGCUUGCCUUGUGUCAUUUCUCACCCAUUGUUAUGUCAAUGUAGCGCAAAUCUAGAAGUAGCAAAAAGAGACACCACGGGACGGACGAGGAGAAGUUGAGCAAAAAUAAGUUUGUAAACUAACAGGUGAACAGCAUUAAUUGUCAAGUUCCACAUUAAAAAUUAUUCAUACUCUGUGUAUGGGUGUUGCUAUACUCUAGUGCAGUGGUUCCCAAUUAUUUUUUAUUUUUUGAAGGAACUCAGUCCGGCUUUCAACUUACUCUUGAAAGUUGUAAUAGUAGAAUGCACAAGGUGCAAUUUUGAAAUUGGGUAGUGCAUCAUCAGUUUUCCUCUUGUUAUGUCAGUCAUUGCAUACCUUAGAGAGCGAUUUGUAACUUGUCAGAAAUGUCCAGAUCAGUUUGCCCAUGUCAGCUAAAGUUUUUUAGCCCGUAGAUUUUGUUGUAAUGUUUGAGUCACUCAUAUCACAUGAAUACACAUUAGACAUGGCAAAAUGUUUAGAACUGAAGGAAAUAAGUUUUAAACUUGCAAAAAUGUCUCUCCACCAAGAAGAGGGGUGUGAACAGUUUGUGUCAUGAACAGUGCUUGUUUCCAUAGAAAUAGACAUGGAGCUCUUUUUAAAAGCAUUUGUUGCUGUCCACUAAAUACUGAACAAAAAUAUAAACGCAACAUGUAAAGUGUGGGUCCCAUGUUUCAUGAGCUGAAAUAAAAGAUCCCAGAAAUUUUCCAUUUGCACAAAAAGCUUAUUUAUCUCAAAUGUUGUGCACCAUUUUUUUUUUUUACAUCCCUGUUAGUGAGCAUUUAUCAUUUGCCAAGAUAAUCCAUCCACUUGACAGGUGUGGCAAAUCAAGAUGCUGAUUAAACAGCAUGAUCAUUACACAGGUGCACCUUGUGCUGGGGACAAAAGGCCACUCUAAAAUGUGCAGUUUUGUCACACAACACAAUGCCACAGUCUCAAGUUUUGAGGGUGCGUGCAAUUGUCAUGCUGACUGCAGGAAUAUCCACCAGAGCUGUUUCCAGAUAAUUAAAUGUUCUGAAACAAAGCUGAAAAUGUCCCAGUUCUUCCAUGGCCUGCAUACUCACCAGACAUGUCACCCAUUGAGCAUAUUUGGUAUGCUCUGGAUCGACGUGUAUGACAGCAUGUUCCAGUUCCUGAAAAUAUCCAGCAACUUCGUACAGCCAUUGAGGAGGAGUGGGACAACAUUCCACACGCCACAAUCAACAGCCUGAUCAACUCUAUGCGAAGGAGAUGUCGCGCUGCAAGAGGCAAAUGGUGGUCAAACCAGAUACUGACUGGUCUUCUGACCCAUACCCCUACCUUUUUUUUCUGUGAACAACAGAUGAUGUUCUGUAUUCCCAGUGAUGUGAAAUCCAUAGAUUAGGACCUAAUGAAUAUAUUUCAAUUGACUGAUUUCCUUAUAUGAACUGUAGCUCAAUAAAAUCUUUGAAAUUGUUGCAUGUUGCGUUUAUAUUUUUGUUCAGUAUAGUUUGCAUUUGAAAGUCAUUCCAAAAGUCUCUCUUAUUUUAUUUUCUCCGUAGUUCCGAAAGCAACUGUAAAAUGGUAUACCUACAGAUGACAAUAAAAAAAAUCUGAUGUGAAAAAGGAAAAUGCCAAAAAUGAGAGGGAGAAAAAAAGACCGAAGGAAGGAGACCGAAGGAAAAGAGGAAUAUAAAAGAAGAAAAAUAAAAAGGAUGGUGAAGAGGAUGGGAAAAAUCUGAAAUGCAAGAGCGUAACAAAACAAGAGCACAGUAAAUAUAAAUGGUAAUUGCACAAUUAUUUACUCUAUAUUUCAUUUACUGGUCAAGUAUCAUAUUUGUCUGAAUUGUCUUUUGAUAUUCUCUGGGAGUUAUUUUUUUAAAUGUGAUUUUAGAACUGUUUCCCCCCUGUUAUAGUCGUUGGCAUAAUGAUAUUACACUCAAUGUAGCCGGAAUGAUUAACAACAUUGUUUGUUUCUAGGGGGACAGUAUUAAUAGUUGCACACACGUGUGAUGUUAUGAAUGUCCUUGGUGUUUGUGAAUAUCAUUCAUUCUUGCUAAUCUGGAAUGAACUAAUACUGUAAUGUUUUUGCCAAAUUGAUCUAUCAGUCGAAUACAUUUAAUAGAAGCUGUUCCGUUCUUUACUCAUUACGAUUUUACCGAUUUCUGUAAAGAUUAACAAUGAGGUCAAAUCCAGGUGAGUAAACGUUAGCUAGCUGGCUAAUAUAUCCCAACUGGCCGCAGAUGGCGCUAUUAUUCAUUUUCCGUUAUGACAAACGAAUAAUAGCACCAACUGCCGGCCGGUUGGGCUAGCUGGCUAAUAGCUAAUCCAAAACCACAUAUAAAUUAGUGUAAGUGUCUUUGUCAAAACAGUGCAGAAAGCCAGGAUAAUGCCAUUCCGGAAGAAUAAUUCUAGCUAGCUAACUAGCCACACAUUGUCAAUGUAAAGGGGUAACAUUAGGUAGCAAGCUACUUUAGCUAGAUUUGGCCUGGCAGCUAGAGGUGUUGUAUUUUAUCUUUAUUGUAUCUAUCACUUGCAUUGGCUUUUAAACCUGCAUAAACAUUUGAUGGCUUUCUGUGCUGUAACGAAAUAGUGAUAUGCUUGUCAGGUGGGAGGUAGGUCAUUCCAACAAUGGGAAGACAUGGACAACGUUGGAGCACAAUGGUCCACUCUUCCCACCAGAAUAAGAACCGUUACCCAAUAUCUUUCUUUUAUAAUGGUGAGUUACCACCGUAUAUACACACACACACAGAGGAUGUGUUACUCACUAACCCUCAUAGUUUUCCUGUCUCGUGUUAGGUCUGAUUUGCUAUAAAACUAAGUUUGGCUGCUGAGGAAGUAGCCUCGUUUUACGCCAAGAUGCUGGACCAUGAGUACACAACAAAGAGUGCCUUCCAAGAUAACUUAUUUACAGACAGGAGAGCGGUUAGUACCACUGAUUUAAAUCUAAAAAACCAGCCAGAGACUGAUUAAACAGGAAAUGACAGGAGGAGAGGGAGCAGAGGAAGAAGCUGUCAGUGUGAUUUCUCGCACAUCAACAAAUAAUUUCUGGAGAAGAAGAAAGCAUGACAAAAGAACAGAAACAAACUAAAUAUUAAGAUUUGAAAUAUAUUUUUAGGGGGAGCAAUAACAUUGCAACCAUUGUGGAAACCUUAGUUUUUCCCUCUUUAUCAGGUUCUGAAGGAGAAUAAUAAUAAUAAUAAUAAUAAUAAUAAUAACAGAGGUGUGUGGCUUUUGUGUGCUGGAUGGCCACAGGGAGAAGAUUGGUAACUUCUAGGUGGAGCCCCCAGGGCUUUUCCGCGGGCGGGGAGAACACCCCAAAAUGGACACGCUGAAAGUGAGCAUCCAGCCGGAAGACAUCACCAUCAACAUGCAGCAAGUGAGGGGGCCAGUAGAGCAUACAGAACAAACAAUCUCCCUAUAAGUUUAUGCUGCUCCCAAAAGUGAAUUAGUGGUGUAAAGGCAAUAAGCUUGAAAUAAAGUGUUUUGGUUGCUUUUCCAGAGGCGCUAAGAUACCAGUGGCCCCUAAGGGCGACAAGUGGAGGAAGGUGAAGCAUGAAGACAGUGACCUGGGUGGAGGACCGGGAGAUGAAGACCAGACAGAGAGGAGUGGCACUCUACUUAAUAGACAAGGUACAGACCUCACAACUAUCCUCAGUGUGGUUAACAAAGAUCAAGCCUGUUCACUUAACCUUAAACACAUAUUGUAGAACACUCAUAUGUACGCACAUGUACAGUGUACAUCUCCCUCACCAACGUGUGUGUGUCUUUGUGUGCAUGUAGCUGGCCCUGCGAGCAGGGAGUGAGAAGGAGGAGAAUGAGACGGCGAACUCGGUGGGUUGCUGCUCUCUGAGAGUGGGACACAUCACCCUCCACCAGCAGAAGGGAGGCCAGGAGUUCAUGGUGGAGUUUGACUUCCUGGGCAAAGACUCCAUCCGCUACUAUAACGAGGUGCCUGUGUAGGGCAGGGUGAGCAGCACUGUCUAGCAACUGUUCUAUCGCCAUUCCUCUGUAGUAUGUGUUGUUAAGCAGGGCUUAAACAUCCAUCUAAUGUACACAGCCAUAUUGACUUGUACACAGGUUUUCAAGAACCUGAAGAUAUUCAUGGAAAACAAGGAGCCUGACGAUGACGUGUUUGAUAGAAUAAACGUAAGUUGAAGACCCAGUGUACCUGGUUAUUUCAUGUUUAUGUCAUGCUUAGCAAAUGCUGGAAAAUGAGUGUAACCAAAGAACGACUAGCUAUGUGGUUCACACAGUAUGCUUAUCUAUCUCAGCAGAUACGGUUAAACUUGAUUGUUGUUUGUUCUUAGACCACCUACUUGAACAAGCAUUUGAACCAGUCCAUGCUGGGAUUGACAGCCAAGAACCUUCAACGCUUCCACCACUCUGCAAGAGCAGCUCAACAAGCUCACCUCUGGUUAGUCCACUUUCUAUACCAACAUCAGUACACUCAGUGCAGGUUUUUGAAGAUCUAGUUUACAAUAGUUGACAAGAAUUCUCAGCUCUUCUCUGUGACAUACGUGACCCUCGUUGGUCUUACUUUGAACAUGGCAUUUGCGUUCUUUUUUACUCAAAUGUGCUCUCUGUGUCAUAACUAUAUGAAUCUCUGAAACAUGCAGAUUUAUAGUAAGAGUACACUAAUGAAAGAUAUGCAUGUUUUCCUCCUCAGCUGACAUGAGUCUUCUGUCCUAUAACCGAGCCAACAGAGCUGUGGCCAUUCUCUGUAACCACCAGAGGGCAGCACCCAAUACCGUUGAGAAAUCCAUGCAGGGCAAGGUAACAGGAAUGUUUGCGUUCUCCGAUUUAUGUAGAAGCUAG